CGCGAACCGCCCCGCGCGAACCGCCCCGCGCACGAAAGCCACGCGAACGGCGUCACGCGAUCGAACCGAGGAACAAGUAGUCGGUUCCCGCCCCCGAGUGGUCUACACUUGAAGAUGAUCGACCUGGAGCUGCCCGGCGUCGGGGUGCGCCUCGGCGUCCACCAAGACGCCCUGCUUCGCCGUCCCCGGCGCGACGCCUCCGGGUUCACGCUGCCGACGAGCUGCUCCGCAGCUGCGCUGCCGCCCUCGGGCACGCCGUCGUCCGGGUCCUCGUCGCCGCGACGCCGCCGCCUCCUGUCGUCGUCGUCCUCCGCGUCGUCCAUCUACCGGGAGCCGCCCGGAAGUCCGCAGCAGCACCAGCAGCCAAAUGUCCUGCGGCUCAGCCUGCGCAAACCGGGCGACUGGCAGUGGCAGCUACGCACGUCGGCGUCCUCGCCCGCCCUGGUCAUCCCCGCCGUGCAGCUGUACGAUCACCGCGGCAGGCUGCUCGUGGACACGUCCUCGCUGCCGCCGUCCACGACCAGCAGCAGGAACAGGUUGACAGUUUCCCACUGA